AUGGGCAAAUAUAUGUUGGAUGGCUGCAGUGAGUACAGCCCAAAGAACCCUAGCACUGACCUUCUUUGUGCUGCUUGUCGUUGUCACAGGAACUUUCACAGGAAGGUGGCCAUCUUUGACCUUGAGAUGACUGAAGCUAGUGGCAACUACAUUACUGGUGGUCAGAACAUUAUCACCCCAGAGGAAGAGAGUCUCGACCUCGAGGUAGCCCUGCCGAUGCUCGACGCCGGCAGAGAGGAGGAGAGGUUGAACCAGCUGGUCGCACCGGCACAGCCGGAGAAGAAGCAGAGGAGGCGCAAAUCCAAAUUCACAGACGAGCAAGUCAACCAGAUGCGAGCUUUUUCCGAGUGGCUGGCGUGGUCGACGAGGGACCGCACCCGGGCGGAGGAGAUUAAAGAGUUUUGUGCUAAAAUGGGCAUCAGCUGGACAGUGUUCAAGACGUGGCUGCACAACAACAAGAAGCAUUAUGGUCGUGGAUCUAGCUCUAAGAAAAAUUGUCUCUCGUCGAGGGACAAGAUCUGA